CUUAUAAACGAGGAGAAUAACCCGCCAGUACUUGCUUCCCAUAUAAGCUAGGCGCACUGGCUGGACGUGCCAGUACCACCUCACAGCUGACGGGAUGAAGUUGUGCGCAGUGCUGGUGUGCGCGUUCGCGGCCGUCGCGGCGCAUCAUCAUAAAGAUCACAACAGUCGUGGUGAAACAGGGUCCCCGAAUACCAGGACUUCAGAGCCGCUGACGGUGGCUCCAGCUGGUCAGUUCCGCGGCUCGUGGAUGGAGUCGCGGCGCGGGCGACGCUUCCAGGCUUACCGCGGGAUACGAUACGCCGAGCCGCCUGUUGGAGAGCUCAGGUUCCAGCCUCCCAAGAUGAUCACGAAGCACACUGGCGAGGUGGACGCCACGCAGGACGGCCCCGCCUGCCCUCAGCCCGUCCUCAACAAGGACUACCCCGUGCACGAAGACUGCCUCAGGCUCAACGUGUACCGACCUGAUGGAAAAGACGUGUCGAAGCUGCCGGUGGUGGUGUUCAUGCACGCGGGCGGGUUCUACUCGGUGUCGGGGCGCAGCGACGUGGCCGGCCCGCACUACCUGCUCGACAGGGACAUCGUGCUCGUCACCAUCAACUACCGCCUCGGCACACUCGGUUUCCUGAGCACGGGUGACAAGUUAGCUCCCGGUAACAACGGCUUCAAGGACCAGGUGAUGGCACUCCGCUGGGUGCAGCGCAACAUCGCCUCGUUCGGGGGAGACCCGCACCUCGUCACCAUCGCGGGGUACAGCGCCGGCUCCUUCAGCGUCAUGCUGCACACAAUCUCGCCCAUGUCUAAAGGGUUAUUCCACCGUGCGAUCAGUAUGAGUGGGUCCCCAAUAUCCCAGAUCGAGAUCCCUCGCCAUCAGCGCCACCUGGCGGUCAAACAGGCCGAGCUGCUGAACUGCACCACCGAGAGCUCGGAGGCGCUCAUCGACUGCCUCAAAACGAAGACUUACAAGGAGAUUGGAAACUCCCUGGAUAACAUGUUUGAGUACAACUACGACCCGGUGCUGCUGUGGAUGCCGGUGCAGGAGCUGGACUUCGGGCAGGAGCGGUUCCUGCCGCGCCAGCCGCUGGCCGCGCUCUGCGGCGGAGACCUGCAGCCCGUGCCUUACAUCGUCAGCCAGACGCAGGACGAGUUCUUCUGGAAGGCAUACGGUGUUCUCAACAACAACGGUGCCCUCUUAGGCUGGAACAUUGACUUCCCGAGCUUCGCGAACACCGCGUUCUACCUCGGGGACGACACGUCGGGCCGGCUCGCCACGCGCCUCAAGGGGGCCUACUUCCCCUCCUCCGACUCCAAGCUGCUCAACGACAGCGCCACCGUCGACGCCCUCGGGAAAAUGUACUCCGAUGCCAUUAUUGGUUUUGGAGCCCACAGGCUUGUGAACCUGCUGUCUCGUCACUCCAAGCAGCCGGUCUACUACUACGAGUUCGGGUACAUCGGCAACAGCAGCCACUACGUCGACCCCAUCACCAAUGAACCAACAGCGGCGGCGCAUCACGACGACCUGCUGUACCUGUUCAACGUGAGCGCUUCGUUCCCGGCGAUCCCUGCCGGAGACACGCACGACUCGCGCAUGGUCGACAAGAUGACAGCUCUCGUCUACAACUUCGCAAGAUAUGGGGACCCGAACCCCGUCAGCGACACUCCAGAGCUGGCCGGUCUGAAGUGGCCGCAGUACAAGCCGGCCGAGCGUCAGUACCUGCGCAUCGACCAGCCCUUCUCCAUUGACCAGAGGCUCUUCGAAGACCGCUUCAAGGUGUGGGAGGAACUCUUCCCAAUCGACUACCAGACCUGCAAACAAAAACAGUAUUUUCCUUGUUUCGAGACAGUUGUGUCUCCUCCGUUGGCCGCCAUGUUUCCCCGCGCAUGCGUUCUGCUCGCGCUGUGCGCCGCCGUGUGCGUGCACGCACACCAACACAAGCAUCAACACACAACAGAGCCAGCCAGAGCGACGUCCACGUCGCCCCCGACUGCGGCAGGUCCCGUGGUGCGCAGUGUGAGCGGCGUGUUCCGUGGCUCGUGGAUGGAGUCGCGGCGCGGGCGACGCUUCCAGGCUUACCGCGGGAUACGAUACGCCGAGCCGCCUGUGGGAGAGCUCAGGUUCCAGCCGCCGAAGCUAAAGCUGCAGUACUCGGGCGAGGUGGACGCGAGCGCGGAGGGGCCGGCGUGCCCGCUGCCCGUACCGCCCACCUACUACGUGGACGAGGACUGCCUCACCGUCAAUGUGUACACGCCACGUACUAACAGCUCGAAGCCCCUGCCGGUGAUCUUCUUCAUCCACGCGGGAGGGUUCUACUCCAUGACAGGACGCAGUGACCUCGCCGGGCCGCACUACCUGCUGGACAGAGAUGUAGUCCUUGUCACCAUCAACUACAGAAUAGGAUCCUUAGGUUUCAUGAGUACUGGUGACGCAUACGCCCCCGGCAACAACGGCAUGAAGGACCAGGUCGCAGCUUUGAAGUGGGUUCAGCGAAACAUCGCGGCAUUCGGUGGUGAUCCCAACUCGGUGACGAUCACCGGUUGCAGCGCCGGCUCUAUUAGUGUCAUGCUGCACAUGAUCUCACCGAUGGCUAAAGGUUUAUUUCACCGCGCUAUAUCGAUGAGCGCGUCGCCCAUCAACAAGGGUCCGAUGGUGACGCACCAGCGCCACCUGGCCGUGCUCCAGGCGCAGAUCCUCAAGUGCCCCACGAACAACACCUCCGUCAUCUACGACUGCCUCAUGAAGAAACCCUGGAGGGAGAUCGGAGACUCGCUGCCUCAGUUCUGGUCCUUUGGCCCAGGAGACCCAGUGGGUCUGUGGGGGCCCGUGGUUGAGCCGGACUUCGGUCAGGAGCGAUACCUCAGCGAGGACCCGCUGGACUCCAUCAAGCACGGCAGGAUGCACACCGUGCCCUACAUCAUCAGCCAAACCACUGACGAGUUCUUCUGGAAAGCUUUCCCGGUCCUACAAAACGCUACACUUCUAAAGACGAUGAACGAAGAGUGGGAGCGUAUCGCGCCGAUCUCGUUCCUGCUGCCGGCGGAGAACCGCAGCGCAGCGGUGGCGCGGCUGCGGGAGGUGUACCUGAGGAACAAGCCGCUGGCUAAUGACAGAGAGAGCGAGCUGGCGCUGGGGAGGCUGUACGGAGACUCCGUCAUAGGGUUCGGAGUGCACAGACUAGCCAAUCUAAUGUGCCGCCAUUCGAAGCACCCGGUGUGGUACUAUGAGUUCGCAUACAUUGGAAACAAUUCCCACUACCAGGACCCUGAUGGAAAACCACGAGGUGCGGCUCACCACGACGACCUGAUCUACUUGUUCACGCUGAGCUACGCGUUCCCCACCAUCCCGCUCUCCAGCCAGGACUCGCACGUCGUCGACGAGAUGACCGCCAUGUGGUACAACUUCGCCAGAUACGGUGACCCGAACCCCCGCGGCGACACUCCGGAGCUGGCGGGGCUGGCGUGGCCCACCAUGACGCCGCGCCAGAGGAACUAUCUCCGGCGCGGAGACCAGCUCAGCGUGCACCAGAACAUGUUCGAAGACCGCUUCAAAGUGUGGGACGACUUGUACCCCAUUGAAUACUGAACAUAACAAAACUCCUUGUACAUAAUUGUAUAAUGUUUGAACUGAGAAUUUAAGCUGUGAAUAUGACAUUGCGGUUAUGAAAGCUUGAUGUGAUAAUGUUUUAUACUCUGUACGUAAAUAAAUAUGAUUAAAAUGAUU